UCGAAGAUACGUACUCAGUUUCGGGCCAUUAUCGAAUGCAUGAUCACAUUACAGCCGAGAAUGUGAGAUUCGCUCGCGAUUUUGAGACUGAACGAAUGGAGUAAGGGGGAUACUAAAGACCAUUUGAAGUAAAUUUUCACAACAAUAGUGCAGGACUUGCUUGCUCUGUACUGAUCGCUUUUGUGUGGAAUUUGACGGUAAUUGGGUACAAGCUUUUUCACAUUUAUACGCUGCCAUCGGCAACAAUGGAUUCGAUGUCUUUGUUCUCCAAAAGUUUACCAGUUUUGAACAAGAAGGACAACACUAGUGGCAGUAAAGUUAGUCAGCCAUAUUCCUUUUACAGCAAAAAGCUCGGCAUGGCAAGUGAGCCACUACUGUUGUCAGCAGACUCAGAGUGUGAAGUAUCAGAAGUACCAGAAGUAAAGGAAUUGGAUGCUUCUCGCAAUCAUUGUGAGCAAGCUUCAAGUUAUACCUGCCCUUCGCAUUAUUUGGUGGACAAAGAAAAUGGUACAGGUUCAGCAGAUUUCUGCUUUUUCUGCUCACAACAGGGGCCAGUGAUCCAGGAGAGCAGCUGUGAUGAUCGAAUGGGUGAAAUGAAAUUCAAGUCACAAAGCUUGCAAAUGUUGAAUUCAUUCUGUUCAAACAGUGCAAAUGAGGAAUCUCAGUUGUUGCCAGGGGAUAAAAACCAUAACUUCGAAACAGUACGAAAGUGUAAUUCUGUGUCAGUGAUAGAAAGUGUUGGGGUUACAACCAAGCCUUGUAAGAAAAGUGUGAGAGAUCCUAGCAUUUCUUCAUCACUUAGCAAAGUUACAGAUCUAAGGGAGAGUUCUGGAUUAAUGUGCCGUAUUUGUCAUGGUGGCAGUGAAGAUGAAGAGCUCAUACGACCUUGUAAAUGCACUGGAACUGUAAAGUAUGCUCAUCAGAGUUGUAUACUAAACUGGGUUUCAAAAUCUGGACAUCAGAGUUGUGAGUUAUGCAAGUUUAAAUUCAAGACAAGGAAGGAAAGCGUGAAGUGCUUUUGGAGGUGGUCUUUUCCUGAAGUGAGUACAAAGGGAUGGCUACACAUAGGACUUUUCAUUGCAUUUGCAACAAUGCUUUUGACUUCUGUCACAUGGAUCAUUUGGUCUCGUGUCAGUACUACCCCAUCUGCAAUUGCUGAACGUACAACAGAGGAAGUAAAGUUUGCCUACAUGGUGAACGGUUUAUUCAUUGCUUUAGCUGUUGGUGGCUUGUACUUUGAUAGUUUAAAGCAUUUUAAACAGUAUUCCAAACGAUGGGCAGCACUGAAUCAAAAUGUGGUUGUGGAAUGCUACACAACUGAAAACACCAGUGGAGUUCGAGGAGUUAAUGUGCCAUUACUGCAGAGAGCACGUCCACAGCAGUCUUCAAACAGCCCAGCUGAGGAGGAAACUGAGAGAGGCCAGACAUCAUCAAAUGCCAGUGCUUCUAGAAAUGAUUCUGAAGCAUGGGUGUGAUGGCUGUACAGAUUGGAGUUCAAAGAGCAGUUAUAUAGUAACAAAGAUAACCCAGGUUACAACCUGUAUCCUCUUUGUUUACUUAUACUUUUGUCUGUCCACCAUCUGACUACACAUGCAACAUCUUCUACACAAAAUUUUGUGCAGUGUUCAAUGUUUACCUGCCAACCCUUCCACCUGAAAUGUGAUUCUCUGGCUUUAAGAUCAGAAAUACAAUUUCAUGCCAUCGUAUGGCUGCUGAUGAAUUUCUCGCCCCUGCCAAGGAAAAAGACGAGCUUUUGCAGCCUUGUCCGACUCAUUCCUACAAAUAAGUGAAGUAUAUUUUAAAAGUUUGAGUCAUUCAGAAAGGAGAGAAGUACUUGUGAUUGAUUUUGCUCCCCCUGAAAAAAGUCAUUUUAGAAGGGAGACCUCUGAAGGUAAGGUUGUCACAACUCUCCUGAACAUCCUUGUAAAUUUGGAACAACCCUGACAGCUUUAAAGAUGAUCCCUACCUCUAAGAAAAAAUAUCACGCCUUAGCAGUUAGUAGGUAUAUUGAUUAACAAAAUACAUGAAGUUGGUCUCCUGCCUGUGUAUUGGUGGCAGUCAGAAAUAAAUUGGCAAGAAAGCACAGCUAUUACAUUGCAAAGGUUAGAUGAAAAACUUCCCUUUUUUAACCCAGCUGACAAAACAAAUGGCCAUAAAAUAAUUUAAAAUAAAAAGAUGGGUGAUGGAAGCAUGGUAUAUCUAUACCUGGAACCAUAAACCUGUUUGUGUAAAUAUGGUGUAUCAUCCCGGUGAAAAAAUACAUUAUUAAUGGUAGUUAUAUAUUUAAACCAUUCAAUGAAAUGUGAGGCAAGGAGGUCAGGGGCUUUCCUUGAGGCAAGUUCUAGGAAAUAAGCCAAUUCCAUUGUUUUCUUUUUUGUUUUUGAAUAUUGUUAGAUUUCUUUCAGACACAAAAUGUAGUAUUGUUUUCACCCCCUCAAUCCCAUUAAUGAACUAAACUUUUUUGCCAUUUUAUAGUUAUUUUUAUUUAUUUUUUUUUGACCACAGCUAUCUCAUUUAUUGUAUUAUUAACCUCUAAGAUAUCAGGAGCAAGGCAGAAAGCCAUUAUGUUGCUCUUUCGCUGCUUGGAGGCAGAUAGGCUAUUUGGCAUCUGAGGUAGCAUGCACGAAAAGGCACAAUUCACUUGUGUUGUUUGUGUGAGAGAGAAUUACGACCAAUUAUGGCUUUAACCCAUUGACACCCAAAAGUGAUUAACAUGUACAACUUUUCCCUAUCAUAUCCAUAGUUUAUCUAGUAAGCUGGUGAUCAAUAUACUGAAACUUAUCAGAUAAGAAACGUUAUUUUGAUCUAAAACUAAACUCUCUUAUCUCAUUUACAAGGAAAUGUGUGACAACUAGAAGGGAGAAUUAUUAAUCAGAUCUUGGGAGUUCAACGGUUAUUUCAUGACAAAGUGUGAAGCCGCAUAUACUUUCUUUAUUUUCUCCUCUGAUAUUCCCCUGUUUUGGAGUUGUCCCCUCCUCCACUUCUCACCGUAUUUUCUCCUCUGAUAUUCCCCUGUUUUGGAGUUGCCCCCUCCUCCACUUCUCACCGUAUGGGUCCGAAACACUACAAUCUGACGAUAGGAAGGGAAUGUACACGUAGUCUCGAAUGAAGUUAAUUUUGUGGUGUAAAGUGUUAUAUGUAUUAAAAUAUCGCUCGGGUUACAUAAUGGCACAAAUAUACUUACAGUUAAGCUAAUAUUGAUUCUUCAGCCAUGAAUGAUAAUGCAAUUUGUUUGAGCCCGUGACUUGCAGAUUUGCCCAAAUUUUUAUUGAUAGAUGGUUUGAUCAGACUGUAAAGUAUGUCGUAAAUCAAUUUGCUGGCUAUAACUUGCAAGUAAUAAGUUGUUGAUAUAUUGCUCAGUGUAAUCUUUUUACAUUCCCUCAUGUAACUGUAAUUGGUAGGGUGUAUUCAACAUGCGCGCCUUUAGCGCAAGCCAACCAGUACCUCAAGCAUAUUUGACAACUAUUUACCCAAGUGAAGGUACAGCUAGUUGUGGAUAUCCACUGCUAGCCAUCGACACUGAGGUGAGUAGUUGUUUUAGUGUAUACCAAAACAGUGAGACAAUAUAGCACAAACAUAUGAUUUUAACUCAUUUAUUCCUGUAAUGAUUGCGACGUUUUGAGACGCAAAUCCCCCCGAGAGUUACUCGGAGAUGAAUAGGAAAGGAUACUCCGAGUUAGAGUAGCCAAUCAGAGCGAACCUUAAACGAUAUCCUCUGUUUUUGUAUAUACUAAUCCAAACUAUUAUUGCUGCAAGCUACGUUGACGUAGGGUAUUAGAAUUUCAUGUAGCAAAAUAUAGAAUACAUAUAGAAUAUUGACCACUUAAAUAUUUGGUUUUGUCAAACAAAUCGAGAGAACAUGCUUAUUUUGCCAAUCAGUAAUUAUAAUGUCUUUAUUUUUCUUAAGACUUGUUCUUGCUUAAAAAAACAACUCGAAUUAGUUUUAAUAACUAAACAAACGUUUAUGGACUAUCGGAAAAGAAAAGAUACGGACUCUACCGUAGCGAAAGGGUAGACUCACUGUGGUCUGCGUCUACAGAAAGGAGCAAGUUUAACUGGUUCCUCCUUUCCAAUUUUUGUUCGCUAUGGUUAUCCUUAACUACGGUUAAGGUUAUAAUAACUUCCAUUUCUGGUUUCAGUUAAACCUUUCAUUGCUUUCAGUAAGACCCGGCACCUGCUGGAGCUCCGGCGGGUAUUCUGUUGCGAUUCGCCGGGUAUAUUUCACCGCGCUCAAGUCGCGGUCACAUUAUACGCUCAGGUCGCACGCAAGUCGCUCUCCGGCGGGUGCUGUACUGAGGUAGCCACCUAUUUAAAUUCUUAUUGAAAGCGCUGUAAAACUACUUUUUCCUCUAUGUUGUCCACUCUUGGUGGUCGCAAACAAUUAGUGUAGUGUUUCCAUCAAUCUUUACGAAGAUUUUGUAAGUGACUGUAACUCUCAACCUAGGGUUUGUGGCGUUUAUUUAGGAGUUGAGGAGUUGAAAUAAAUUGCAUAUUAUAUAUGUUAAGGUUAUGA